AUGAUUCAAUGCCGUACUGCCUCGCCCACUCUGCAAUUCAAGUACGCAUGUCUGUGUCGCGAUGAACCAGACAUGCGGUGGAUGGAACCACAGAUCCUGUUGCGCGGGUUUGACGUGCCGAAAGCUUCGGGCUGCGAACACCUACGGUCGAUGCUCCGCCAUCGGCUACCUGCCUCGCCCUACCCAUGUGGAAACCACCACCACCGUGCCGAUAAGAUGCGACCGUCUUUCCACGUGACCUUGCCCUUCGUAAGAAUGCGGCAGCUGGGGAUCGUUGAGCUUGUCAAACUGCCCUCAGUUGAAACAUUCUGGGGUCUCGGAAUCGUCCUCCCACAAAACCGUGUUUCAUGA